GAGUCACCAAGUAACCAACUUAUUUGAAUCUUUUCAUCUUUUUGCAUCUCACGAUUCUAGAUUUCCAGCUAGGGUUUAAGGUUUAUACAUCGCACCAGCAAUUGGCGAGCUUUCACUUGCUGCUGGCCUGCAUAAAAAACACACUGUAACGAGGUACGUAAAAUUCCUGAAAGAUGAGAAAGCUGAAGUUUCAUGAGAAGAAGCUGGUGAAAAAGGCAAACUUUCUAGAAUGGAAGAGGGAACAUGGGCACCGAGAAGCUCUGGUCUUGCGUCGCUACCGCGUCACAGGGAGAGACGACUACAAGAAGUAUUCGGGAUUGUGUAGAAUGACACAGAAGCUGGUGAAUAUUUUGAAGCAGAUGGACGCGAGAGAUCCUUUUCGGAUUGAGAUGACUGAUGCCCUUCUAGAAAAGCUGUACAACAUCGGUGUUAUAUCAGAACGGAAAAGUUUAGCAUUGUGUGAAAAAUUAUCAGUGUCAUCUUUCUGCCGACGUAGACUCUCCACUGUCCUGGUGAGGCUAAAGUUUGCUGAACACUUGAAGGAAGCUGUGACAUAUAUAGAACAGGGUCAUGUUCGAGUUGGACCAGAUACUAUUACCGAUCCAGCAUAUCUAGUUACCAGGAACAUGGAAGACUUUAUUACAUGGGUAGACACAUCAAAGAUUAGAAGAAAGGUCUUGGAGUACAAUGAUAAGUUAGAUGACUAUGAUGCAAUGAACUGAUUCACAGUCAUGUGACUGAUAUUAGAUUUGUGUUCUUUUCCUUUUUAUAUUCACCUUUGGACACUCGUUUGUCAUAAUGUAAUUCUACUCUGAAAUGCUUUAACGGCUCACUUUGAAGGCUUGACACAAUCUAAUGUGUUUAUAUUUAUUACAGAGUUGUAUUUAUUUUUAAAUAUCUGCUUGUUUACUU